CUUCCUACCCCUACAUAAAAGAAAAUGCCCGCCCCCACCAACACCCUCCUCAUCGAGGGCUCCUUCUCCGAACUCGCCGACGAGUUCGCCCAGUACAUCGAUGCCGUCCGCAAAUCCGACGCCGCCAGUCUCCAGGCCGACAUCGCCCCCCUCCUCGAGCCUCUUCGCCAAGAGGAACAGAAUGAUGCCGAACCCGAUCGGAAACAGCGCGAUGAGGUCCUGAAGAAGAUCGUCUCCGCCGCCGCCGUCUUGAACGGCGCGCCUGAGAAGGAAAUCACCCCCGCCUACAACCUCCUCAUCCACCUCGUCCAUCAAGCCUCCGAGCCCGACAUGUUCCUCUCCCGCAUCUGCGCCUACCUCUCCAAGCCCAUCGCCUCCUCCCCUCAGUUCGGCCCCACCCUCGCCAUCUCCAUCCUGUCCACCAUCUUCAACACCCUCGGCGACGCCGACUCCAGCCGCUUCCACGUCCUCCUGGCCAUCGUCGCCGUCAUCCGCCAGGCCGCCUCCGCCGCCGCCUUCGAAGCCCUCAAGCCCCAGCUGACCGCCCAGCUGCCCGCCUGGCUGUCCGCCUGGGAGCUCGAUGACGAGGAGACCCAGCGCCUGCACCUGGCCGUCGUCGACGCCGCCCAGGCCGCCGGUGACCAGGAGCUGGCCCAGACGCACAUCAUCCAGGCCCUCCAGACCAUCCCCGCCGCCCAGGCCGCCGCCCCGGCCUCCCGCGACCUCGCCGUCCGCGCCCUGACCGCCGCUCUCACCCACCCCGCCGUCUUCGACUUCACCCCGCUGACCGCCUCCGACGCCGUCCAGGCCCUCCGCGCCAGCGAUGCCACCCUCUUCGAGCUGCUCGAGGUCUUCACCGCCGACACCCUCGACGCCUACGAGGCCUUCAUCCAGUCCACCCCGCUCGCCACCAUCUCCGGCGGUGUCCUCGCCGACGCCGGCGACGCCCUGCAGACCAAGAUGCGCCUGCUGACCCUGGCCUCCCUGGCCGCCUCCACCCCGUCGCGCUCCCUGCCCUACGCCACCAUCGCCAGUGCCCUGCGCGUGCCCGACGCUGACGUCGAGAAGUGGGUCAUCGACACCAUCCGCGCCGGCCUCGUCGAGGGCAAGCUGUCUCAGCUGCGCUCCGAGCUGCUCGUCCACCGCGCCACCUACCGCGUCUUCGGCGAGAAGCAGUGGGCCGAGGUGCAGGGCCGCCUGAUGGUCUGGCGCCGCAGCCUCGAGCACGUCCUGGGCACCGUCCGCAGCGAGCGGGAACGCUUCGUGCGCGAGAGCAUCCAGGCCGCGCAGGCCGCCGAGGAGGGAGCCAAGUCGGGGGACAAGGGUGGCAAGCCCAUCGACCGACGACCGCGCCAGCCGCAGGCGGUGCAGCCGUCUGCCCCGGUUGAGGCGGUUGCCGAAUAAACUAUCUUUCCUUCUCUUUUAACUCCUUUUCUACACUUUUUAUGAAAAUUCUAUAGUAUGGAAAUAGAAGCCAAUGGAAAGCGAGAAUGACAGAAAAGAAAUGAUGACGAGUUCUCGUACAGAACAUGGACGACCAGAACAGCAAAAAGAAAACCAACAAGAUAAAAAAAUAUGAAGGAGGGUCACGGUUUGCAUGAGGGUUGACGAUGCUUGUCUCUCCCACUAUAUGUUUCAUUUCUGUUUGUUUCAUCUUGAUACGAUCCAACUGUUUCAUGUUUGUUUUUACUUUUUUAUUCUUAUUAUUUAUUAUUCUUUUUUUUUUUUUUUU